GAUGGAUUGGAAGUGUAAGAACUCUUUACAUGAUAAACAACCUUUACUUUAAUAAAUAAUGAAUAACUGGAAUUCAUGAGACAUAACAAUGCUUUAAAAGCAACAAAAGAACGGUGUUGAGCGUUCGAAGAGUUGAAUGUAUUCGUGAAUACAUGAAGACGAAUAUACGUGUGACGUCAUUUUUCUGGUCAAUAUUAAUGAGCAACAACGGCUUUCAGACGGGAAGGUCAGAAAAUAUGAGUUGAAUUCCGUAAACAUUAAACCAAGUUUGUAUUGUCAAUAUUGCACCUACAAAGUAUGGUUCGUGCUUUAACAAGUAUGAUGUCUGACAUGAACGAGCGGCAAACUCCGUCGUUAUGUUUUGAAUACAAGAACCACACGACAAAGCUAUUGAAUUCCUUGUCUGAAAUGCGUUCAACGAAUAUGCUGACUGAUGUUAUUUUGUUGGUCGAAGGAGAGCAGUUUCCUGCUCACAAAAACGUUUUGGCUGCAUCUUCGGAAUUCUUCAAAGCGAUGUUCCUGUCACCAAUUACUCUAAACAGCGAAAUAACUAAGAGGAUUGAAGGUUUGAGUGCUCAAUCGAUGCAAUUGAUUCUUGAUUACAUGUACCAAGGCAAAAUCGAGAUAACAGAACAAAAUGUUGAGGACAUAUUGGUUGCAUCACGAAUGUUUUUGUUGGAGGCGUUGAGCGAGGCGUGUUGCAAAUAUCUGCAAGUUCGUAUUAACAUUAAUAACUGUUGGGGAAUUCGCCACAUGGCUGACAAAUACAGCCUGAAUGAUCUCUUUGUCAAAGCACACACUUUCAUUGAAGACAAUUUUGCCGAGGCGAAAGCUUCAAUGGAGUUUUUGGCUCUUCCUUUGUCUUAUUUAAUGGAGCUCAUGAAUGACGAUGAGUUAAACAUUCGCGAAGACGAAUUGGCUACCGCUGUUCUCCGGUGGAUCGAACACGAUACUAAUCGAAAAUGCCACCUUGAAGUGUUGUUUAAACAGUUGCGUCUUAAAUACAUUUCCCAGGAAUAUCUAGAAAAAUUAGUUCGUGAAAACCGAUUGGUGUUAAGUAACGAUUAUUUAGUGAGCUUAAUCAAGGCUGCUUCCUCUCGCGAUGACGAAAAUGAUCUUGCUGAGCUCAUUAGCGAGAGGGAAUUAAAUAAGAUGAAUACACCGCGAAAAUGGCAACGUAUUGUACCCAUGCUGACAGCUGUCGGUGGUACACAAAAUGUUUUUUAUAAUCCAGAGGAAAAAAUGUGGAUCUCGUUGGCUACAUUGAAAACUCGUCACUGUCCUGGCUUAGCUAGUGUUGACACCAAGAUGUAUUUGGUGGGUGGUAGCCAUGAGUGGGUUCGGAUGGCUAAUUGUGAAAGGUUUUGUCCGGAGCAGAACAUUUGGGAAGAUAUGGCUCAAAUGAAUGUUGCACGGAGCAACAUUGGCCUUGUUUACCUUGAAAAAUAUUUGUAUUCUGUAGGAGGAUAUGAUGGAAAUACACCUUCCAAUCGUGUCGAGCGCUAUGACGCAGAGAAGAAUGAAUGGUCGUUUGUAGCUUCAAUGAACAACCUUCGUGAUAGUGCAUGUGUUGUGGCCGAUAGCAGUAACAUCUUUGCCAUUUCUGGAUUUGAUGGUACAUCAUAUUUAUCUACAAUGGAUGUGUAUGAUCCAGCUAAAGACAUUUGGACUUGUGAAGGUUAUUCAUGCAUUCGUUAUCCUCGGCAAGAUGCAAUGACUGCCCAUGUUGAUGGAAAGAUUUACGUAAUUGGCGGUUAUCACAAUGACUAUUGCAUGUCUUCUGGUGAAGUCUAUGACAUUGAGGAUGAUACGUGGGGAACUAUUGCAUCAAUGUCCGGGGAACGCAACAAAGCUGGAUGUGCUGCACUAAAUCGUAAAAUUUAUGUUUGUGGAGGAUGGGAAGGCAAGGGCAAAGUCCUUACCUCUGUUGAGUUUUACGACACAGAGACUGAUUGUUGGACUGCAUUGCCUUCAUUACCAACACCUGCAGCCAUGAGGGCCACCUUUCUUCUUUUUCCUCGCAAACAAGUUGAUAAACUCACUAAGAAAAGCAAGGAAAAGAGACGAAAGCAAGUCAUUGCCCAUUGAAUGCUAGUGUUAAAUGUAUUUUUGGGCUAUUGAGUAUAUAUAAGGCACAAUAAGCCUCUAAAUUUGUGCUAGAUUCCACCAGAAGUAAAAUGUAGUAUGAAUUCUUAAUACUUACUCUUUUUCAUGUAAGUAAAUAGCUAGAAGUUGAACUACCUAUAAUUUAAUAAUACCAUUAAAAGUUAGCAACUAAA